AUGGAGUUAUCGCAUAUAUCCCGGGUGCUCUCUCGAGCUAAUACAUGGCAUUUUGACAUCGAUCGAUACCUGGACCCUCUGGUUCCGGCGCCGAGAUGGAACGCGGUGCCCAAGCCUGUGGCCUAUUUCCUAGGCUAUCGGGCUGAGCGACCUAAGCCGCUUGGGAAUAUUGUCAUUGCCUUUUGGUCUCUCAUCGGUGCAUUCUCUGGCGUAGCCCUGGUGGCUUCGGUUUCCCAGCAUGUGCCGUCAUUUGAGGCUCGGCAUGUCCCGGCGGUCAUUGGCAGUUUCGGUGCUGCAGCUGUCCUUGAAUUCGGUGUCAUCGACUCGCCUCUUGCACAGCCAAGGAACGCAUUCUUCAGCCAGAUGAUUGCCUGUUUGGUUGGCGUGGGCAUUUCUAAGCUCUUCGCCUUGAACCCCAGCGCAGAGAAGUAUACGUCUCUUGGGGGUGCGUUGUCCUGUGGUGUGACCACUUGGCUCAUGGUUCUCACGAAUACUGUACACCCGCCAGCAGGCGCCACAUCGCUACUGGCCGUCACAAAUUCUCAGACUGCCGGGUUGGGCUGGUUCCUGUUCCCGGUGAUGAUAUUAGGCGUCACUCUGAUGCAGACAGCGGCUCUGCUAAUCAACAAUAUAAAUCGUCGGUUCCCAUUAUACUGGUGGACACCCCGUUCCCUUUCACGGGGAAGUCGAGACCUUGAGAAACAUAGGAAGGAAGCCCCCGAUGUUCCCAGUCGAUACGAGGACAGCUUGGGUGAACUUCGACAGUUGGUGGUGGGAAGAGACGAGAUUUUGAUUCCAGAUGGAGUAUAUCUGACCGGAACGGAACGAAAGAUCUUGGAGAGGAUCCAAGAUCGCAUAUAA